AUUAAAAGAAAAGAAAUUGCAAGAUGAUCAAAGAAUAUGAUUAUUUGUUCAAGUUGGUUAUUAUUGGUAACUCUGGAGUGGGAAAGAGUUCAUUAUUGUUGAGAUUUGCAGAUGACUAAUUUAGUGAAUCUUAUUUAACAACUAUCGGUGUUGAUUUUAGAUUCAGAACGUUACCUAUCGAUGGAAAGAACGUUAAAUUAUAGAUUUGGGACACUGCUGGAUAGGAAAGGUUCAGAACAAUCACAAGUGCAUACUACAAGGGUGCCGAUGGAAUUGUUAUGGUAUAUGAUGUCACCUAAGGGUAAUCAUUUGAUGAUAUUGAUAAAUUCUGGUUGCACGAGGUAGAAUCAUAUGGAGAAAAAAAUGUGUAAUUAUUGAUCAUCGGAAAUAAAAAUGAUUUAGAUGAAUAGAAAUAAGUAGAAACAUCAAAGGCUGAAGAGUAUUGUAAGUCUCAUAAUAUGCUUUUCAUGGAAUGUAGUGCUAAGACAGCUGAUCAUGUUAAUAAUGCCUUCCUUGAACUCUCACGAAAGUUAAUGGCUAAGAAGGAUGCCUCACAACCACCUAAGACUACCAAUACGACAUCCAAUGCUUCACAAUAAUCAUAAUCUAGAGGAUAAACUAACACCAACACUUAACAAUCAAAAUAACUAAGUGCUGGCAAUACAAACUAAAAAAAAUAAAAAGAUGGAGGUUGCUGUUGAUUAUUUAUUAAGCAUAAUAUAUUGUUAAAAUUUAUUGUUCUUA